AUGGUUUCAGAAGAGACCGAUUCCCGCCUCCGCCUCCAGGAGAUGCUUCAACGUCAUGGUAUAGGGUCGCGCAGGGCUAUGAUUACUUCCAACAGAGAACUUAGCCGCUGGGAGGUCGCCGACGUUGAGGCCGUCCUCCACCAAGUCGGGCUUAGGGGUCACGACUACAACCCUUGCGGAAGGGAGUUCAACCAAUACCGUGGUCUCGGCCUCGGCUCCAAGGUCUUCAUGUAUUCUUGCAUUGGCGGUGGCUUUGCACUGGCUAUACCGAUACUUAUCGUUCAUUCUACUAUUCGGCUAUUCAAACAACAUACUUUUGCAGUGUUCCGCCAGACGUGGAAUGAAUACGGUCUCUCGAAUCUACUCGCUCUUGGCUUCGAUUUUGACAGGUACAUCAAAGCACCUCUCAAUCUCGUGCAACAGUCAGUUGAUCAGAAGGCCGCGCUUUGUGUCAACGCCGACGGGAACUUCAAAGUCCUGCACGACGGGUACUCAGUCAUGUCCCACGUAUGGGAGGAGACGAUGGGUUGGAACAAUCCAGAAGGGUUCGGCAAAGUUGAUCUGAGCCUACGGAAAAAGGGUAUCCACAAGGCGCACUUUCGGAAAUUUUUCGAUCGAUGCGGUGUGAUGUGGCUUUGGAUGGACGUGCUUGCCAUGCCAGAGGUUCUCGAAGACAUGAGUCCUCAACAGCAGAGCGAGACGAAAGCCCUGCGUGUCGGCGUUAUAAACAACCUCAACAGUAUAUACCGGAAUGCGGACAAAGUCGUCGUUCUGGACAGUCUGGUACUGCAGCUCAAGACUGGGAGUCUCGUCGACGUGGCCGUGGUCCUCUGUCUGGGCCGGUGGAUCACGAGGAUGUGGACUCUCGCUGAAGCCCGGCUGGGUCGAAGAGUACUGAUCAAGACCGAGGACGGCGAGACGGACUUGGACGAAGUCAUCGCCUUGCUGGAAGGAGAUAUGCUUGGCCCCAGCCCUCGGUAUGAUGGUCUUGCAAAAACGCUCUCUGCGAAACGUGGCAAUAUCCCAUUACGGACAAGAUAUGACCUUGCAGACUUGACAGCGGCUUACAAAUUUGGACAAACUGGAGAGGCCAUCGAUAAUGUCCGUUCAGUAUACCCAUUACUUGAUCUUAAGUGGGAAGUUGGUUGGGACGAGAGACAAGCAGUCUUAAACUUGAAAGAAACACUGCCUGCGGAGUCUGAUGCUCUUAGUACAUUCUGUACGGAUCGAGGACUGCCUGAUCCUUUCGAUUCUUGA